AUGGCAACUCGUCGACAGCUCGACGAAAACUUCCAGUUGAUCACAAGGAGAAUCCCAGAAGAGAACAUCCAUGGUGCCGAUAUCAUCCACACAGCUCUUGCGAGGGAGGGUAAAAAGCCAGUUGGGCUAUGGGUCACCUCGCCUACGGGGAAGCCACACAUCGGGUAUCUAAUCCCACUGUUGAAAUUUGCAGAUUUCUUGCGUGCAGGGGUCGAGAUCAUCGUGGUCCUUCUCGAUGUCUACUCUUUCCUCGACAAUGUCAAGUAUCCCAUGGAACAGGUGGUCCAACGCAUGCACUACUACCGAUUCACCGUCGAAGCCGCGCUGGAAGCCUUGGGAAUCCCCUCCAAGAACAUCAAGUUCAUCGCCGAAUCCUCGUACCAGAUCAACCCGAGGUUCUUCUUCGACCAGUGCAGGCUUUGCACCCUCGUGCCGCAGCAGGCAGUACGGGAUGCCUGGGACCGGAGCUACAACCCAGACAUGCUGGCGCCGAUGUUGUGUCCCGGUCUACAGACACUGGCUGAGGAGCAUCUGGACAUUGACUUUCAAUUUGGAGGGACAGAUCAGCGCGGCAUCUUCGAGUUCGCCGAACGCUUCCUCCCCCAGCUCGGGUACCGAAACCGCGCACACCUGAUGAACCCGAUGCUCCCGAACCUGUACGGGGACAAGAUGUCGUCGUCGCACCCGCCGCACACCAAGAUCAUGUUCCUCGACGACGAAGCCACCGUCGAGGAAAAAGUGCGGGCGGGGUACCUGUCGAGCGACGAGGUGUCGAGGAACGGCGUCCUGGCCACGCUGAGGGACGUCCUCAUCCCUUUGAGCCAGUUGCAGAUGGAGCGGUGGGUGGGGGGGACUGCUUCUGUAGAGCGUGUCGGAGACACUCCUACCCAUGAUACUCCUCUCUCCUCUCUUCCGACUACUACUACUACCACCACUACCACUGCCAGCAAUGACGAUGCUGAUCAUGGCCUUGUACAACCAACUCUCUCCCUGUCCUACCCGUUCUGGACGCCCUCCUCCCCCGCCGGCACGGUCUUCACCUUUCCCCCCACGCCCAAGCCCGACCGAGAGAGUGACGGUGACAGUGAUGGUCGAGAUCAUCGACACUACGCCACUUUCGAGCAGAUCAUGCACGACCUCACCACCCAGACCCUCCGCGCGGACGACAUUGUCGCCGCCGUCGCCGCCGCGCUCAAUCAGAUCCUGGCGCCCGUCCGCGCGGCGUAUCGGGGGAGUCGGGCGUGGCGGGCUGCGGAUCGGUUGGGGUAUCCCGAAGAAUCUUGA